CUCGCACUGCAGGUCAAAGAUGGUGCUGACAGGGAAGCGCUCGGAGAAAGGCCCGGCAUGCUGGAAGAGAAGAGUGAAGUCAGAGUACAUGAGGCUGCGGCAGCUCAAGCGCUUCCGACGAGCCGACGAGGUCAAGAGCAUGUUCAACACCAACCGUCAGAAAAUCAUAGAUCGCACUAAAGUUUUGAAUCAGGAGUGGGAGACCAGGCGAAUCCAACCAGUGCACAUCAUGACGUCCGUUGGCUCUUUGAGAGGCACCCGGGAGUGCACGGUGGACAGCGGCUUCUCGGAGUUCCCUCGGCAGGUCAUCCCCCUGAAGACCCUCAACGCCGUGGCCUCAGUCCCCGUGAUGUACUCCUGGUCCCCCCUGCAGCAGAACUUCAUGGUAGAGGAUGAGACGGUGCUCCAUAACAUCCCCUACAUGGGAGACGAGAUCCUGGACCAGGACGGGACUUUCAUAGAAGAACUCAUCAAGAACUACGACGGCAAAGUCCACGGAGACAGAGAGUGCGGCUUCAUCAACGAUGAGAUAUUCGUGGAGUUGGUCAGCGCUCUCUCGCAGUACAGUGACAACGAGGACGAUGAGGAGGAGGAGCAGCAGGACUUCAAGGUGGAGAAGGUGGAGAAGGUAGAGAAGGUGGAGAAGGUGGAGAAGGUGGAGCUGUGUGACAGCAAGGAACAUUCAGAGGACCCGCGCAAAGACGGACUCAUCAACAAUGACAGCCGAAGCAGUAGUGACGGCAGCAAGAAGUUUCCCUCUGACAAGAUCUUUGAAGCCAUCUCCUCCAUGUUCCCUGACAAAGGCUCCACUGAGGAGCUCAAAGAGAAGUACAAGGAGCUGACGGAGCAACAGCUGCCCGGAGCGUUGCCUCCUGAGUGCACGCCUAACAUCGACGGUCCCAACGCUCGCUCUGUGCAGCGCGAGCAGAGUCUUCACUCCUUCCACACGCUGUUCUGCAGACGCUGCUUCAAAUACGACUGCUUCCUCCACCCUUUCCAUGCAACUCCAAACACGUAUAAGCGCAAGAACCUGGAGAACCUGGUGGAUAGUAAGCCCUGCGUCAUGGACUGCUACAUGUACCUGGUACAGGAUGGGUUGGUGAGGGAGUACCCGGCCGGAGUGGUUUCAGAUCAGGUCAAGACGCCCUCCAAACGCUCCGUGGGUCGUCGCCGCGGACGACUGCCAAACGGCCGGCCCAGCACCCCCUCCGUCUUCUCGGAAACCAAAGACACAGACAGCGACCGGGAGGGCAGCAAGGAAGACGAGCGAGACAACGAACAGGACAACGAACAGGACAACGAACAGGACAACGAUCAUGACAACGAGCAGGAAAUGGAGCAAGAGAACGGGGGAGAAAAUGAUAAAGACGACGAUGACAAGAAGGAUGAAAACACCAGCAGCUCAGAGGGUAACUCACGGUGUCAGACUCCAGUGAAGAUGAAGCUGAGUGUGGAGGCUGAAGCUGUGGACUGGAGUGGAGCAGAAGCUUCUCUCUUUAGGGUUCUCAUCGGGACUUACUACGACAACUUCUGCGCCAUUGCACGGCUCAUCGGCACGAAGACCUGCAGACAGGUUUAUGAGUUCAGGGUCAAGGAAUCGAGCAUCAUUGCACGCGCUCCUGCUGAAGACGAGGACACGCCCCCGCGGAAGAAGAAGAGGAAACACAGACUUUGGGCCACUCACUGCAGGAAGAUCCAGCUGAAGAAAGAUGGCUCAUCCAAUCACGUGUAUAACUACCAGCCAUGUGACCACCCGCGGCAGCCCUGCGACUCCUCCUGUCCCUGCGUCACCGCUCAAAACUUCUGCGAGAAGUUCUGCCAGUGCAGCUCUGAGUGUCAGAACCGUUUCCCAGGCUGUCGGUGCAAAGCUCAGUGCAACACCAAGCAGUGCCCCUGCUACCUGGCGGUGAGAGAGUGUGACCCCGACCUGUGCCUGACGUGCGGCGCUGCAGAUCACUGGGACAGCAAGAACGUGUCCUGCAAGAACUGCUCCAUCCAGAGAGGCGCCAAGAAGCAUCUGCUGCUGGCCCCCUCAGAUGUGGCCGGGUGGGGCAUCUUCAUCAAAGAGCCGGUCCAGAAGAACGAGUUCAUCUCCGAAUACUGUGGAGAGAUUAUCUCUCAGGACGAAGCAGACCGCAGAGGCAAGGUCUACGAUAAAUACAUGUGCAGCUUCCUCUUCAACCUCAACAACGACUUUGUUGUUGAUGCCACAAGGAAAGGCAACAAGAUACGCUUUGCCAACCAUUCUGUCAACCCCAACUGCUAUGCAAAAGUGAUGAUGGUGAACGGGGAUCACAGGAUUGGAAUCUUUGCUAAGAGAGCCAUCCAGACUGGAGAGGAACUUUUCUUUGACUACAGGUACAGCCAGGCGGACGCUCUGAAGUACGUCGGAAUCGAGCGGGAGCUAGAGAUGGCCUAACGGAAGCUCUACCUCCCGAGGAUCGCCAACACAAAGGCCUUACACUCAAACACAACACCCCUUCCAUUCAGGAAACCAGGACGACAUGCAAAAUGCUAGAGAGCUUCAGGCAAACUGGGAAUAUUUGAAGCAGAAUUUUUAUGCAGUCUUUUUUGCCACAAAAAAGGCUUUUCAUAUAUUUUUUGCUUCUUGUGAUUUUUCAACAAAUCUUCCUCUUCUGUGGAGACCGGCUUUAUGAAUCUUCCCUGAGCUGAAGCUCGUCUACGAACUGACUCAUUUUGUCGUUUUUUGUAAUCUGAACUGUAAAUGUUCUACAGUGCGAAACCCUAUCCCGCCUGUUUGAAACGGGUUCAUUAGUUUUAGCUUCAGGGACCAAAAACAUCCACCAGCCGCUUUCACUCCAUGGCCUGGACUCGUUUUGCGAUUUUAGUUUCAGUGUUUUUAUACGGUAUGAACUACCGGAUCACUGUCUGUAAAUCAGGAGGCCUUUGCUAAGUCUCACCAGAUCAAUACAGAUUUCUAGGGCUGCACAGACAUGUUUUCAUUGUGAUAACAUCUAAAUCACUCGAUGCCGACGUACUUCAGAGCGUCCGCCUGGCUGUAUCAAAGUCAUGCCAAACAUUGACUGGCUCUCCGUUGUAUAUUAACUGAAUAUACAGGAGCUUUGACAGUUGGUUGGACAAAAUAUUACAUUUCAAACAUUUAUCAAUAAUGGAAACAUGUACUUUUUGCAGCCCUAGGUUUAGUUAGUGGACAAUUGUUGACUUGUGUUUAUAUUUAGUAAGAACAGUUUGGUAUGAGACGUGAUGAAGAGUAUAUCUUCUACUGAUUUCUUUGUUUGGUUUUUAAUAUUUGAAACGGCUGAUGCAAAAACUGGAUAAAAAGCUGAUGGAGAAUAAGUGCUGGAUAUAUACGAAAGUAUAUAUCCAGCACUAAUUCUUAAAUUAGUUUUAGCGGCAUCUUUUAUAAUUGAAAUGCCUCCAGUUUGAUCAUUCGAUGUUUCUGUUAAACACCAGCCAAUGUGACCUUGUCUCAGAUAUCUUUCUGAGGGUGGGUUGAUUUUCAACAGCUUGAAAGUGGGCUCCAGGUUUCUGUUACCGACUCUGCUUUGUGAUGCUACAUUCAGGUGCUAACGUGAAAACACAAAACCAAUACUACUUGACCACGAAACUCAACCCACCAGAGAAACACUUUGAACCUUUCUGUCUGUACUUUAAGCUUCAUGUCGUGUGCAUGUGCUGCUCUCCUCUGAGCCGCGCUGCUUUUUUCUUUCUUUCUUUCUUUCAAACUCAACCAAAACACACGAAUACUGAUGAAGGUUUUUAUUCAUUGUUUAUGUCAUCUCUCAUUAUUGAAGUUUCCCAGCAGCACCGUGCUCUACUCAAGAACUCGGUCCAGUUUGUUUUCUACAUCUCUGCUCCUCGUUUGGUUCGAUUCAGGUUGUUUUCAGUCCACAGACUUCACAGUCGUGAGCUAGAUCUGUCUGUAGAACAUGUAGAAUGAAACAUUCCUGACGGCUUUUUAUACAUUCAGCAGCGUACUGAACAUUGAGGUUGUCAUCCCGCUAAAAAGCAGUGUUUCCUGGCAGCAAAAUAAAUAAUUGUCAUCAUGGCUUAAUAUUAUUCUUUGUUUUUAAGAUCUGUUAGUAUCUGCAAGCAACCAAUGGACCAAAACUAAAAUAAGUUACAUUUCUAAUAAUGUAAGACGGUAAAUCUCCACAUUUAAUAAGGUCGGUAAGAUUUUGUAUUUAAGCAAACAACUAAAGGCUAGUAAUCAUUAGUAAAGUUGAUGCCAGUUAAUUUUCUGUUAAUUAUUUCUUCUAACAAACACAAUAAUGAUGAGAUCUUGAGUUUCGAGUAGAGCACAGUGACGGGAAACUUCUCACUUGUUUAAAGUGUUUGUAGAUGUUUGACCCUGCGCUGUGCCUUGAGUCCUAAACUCACCAGUCUACAGUCAUAUCAAUCAGCCAGUCUGAUGAGUUACUUUCUGCAUGAUGAAGAGAAAACCGGACCUCUGACUGUAAUGCCUCCAUGUGAUGUCCAAUCACUAUAAAUAUAUUUUCUCUUGUAAAAUAAGCCUUUUUACCAACGUGCAAACAAUCACACUUUGACUGUCUUUUUUCUGAUGUGAAUACUGGUGCUUAAAAGAGAACCAGACUGCCCGGCGUCUGGCCCACGUGAAGCGAAACCAGCCUCCUCUUCCUCUCUUUCCUACUUUACACCUGUAGUUCAUAACAAUCUUUAAGGAGACAGACAGAGGGACGUCUCGUGGUGCUCUCGUGUCUGUAGGUGACUAUCAGGGCUCUGAAACCUGGUGCUCUUUGGCUUCCAAACAGUCAAAUCCGGGGAUUGUUCCAGGUGGAGAUUUUCCACACAUUUUUUUUCACAUUAUUGUGCGUUAAAAUUGUGAAUACGAUGUUCUGACUACAACCAUGUGACCCGAAAGUGUGAAUAUUUCAAAUGGAAAUGUUCAGGAACCCUUAAGUCUUUUUUUUAUAACAUCACAAACCAUUUCCUGGUGAUCCCAGUGUUACUACUUUCCUCACAAAGUGGAUGCAUUUAAUUGGGCUGUGAGAGCAUUUAAAGACCAUAUUAACUAAGAUUAUCCCAAAACAAAACCCACAGCAGCUGCUUUCAACCAGAGGAAUCAGUUUUAUUACAAACCAGCCACUUUUAAACAUGUUGUACAUGUUUAAAAGUGGCUGGUUUGUGUGAGACUGAACACACAACGUUUCUACAUGUGUCUGAAAGUGUUAAUGUUGGCCAAAGGCUGGUUAAAUGCCUCCAUAAUAUUCUUAAAAUGGUCAAAACAAGUGUUAUCCAGCCCUCGUUAUGGUCAAAUCUGCAGGUUAUUUAACACCAUUAGCCUGGGUUAACUUUUCUCUUUUCUUCUUAUUGUCAAACCAGGACCACUUUUUUCCUCCGAUGACACAGGUGCUGAAUUUGUAAUGUUUACAGGGAUUUUGUUGUUCAAAGUGAUGCAGAUUAAAAUAUUAUAAAUGUU